AGGCAGCAGCAGUUGAGUGAGACAACAAACAGAUGGUAGAUAUUUAUUACACUGACAAUAAUAGAUUCAAUACACCCAUAAGCUUCUGUUCACCUCAUGAAUAAUCGGUGACAUUUCAGAAACUUCUGGAGGACAGUAAAGAUAUGCCUGUGCAAGUGUUUGGUUCGGUAAAAUAUGGGAGUGACAACUGCAUUCUACAAGCAAAUUAACUCAAAAAAAAAUUCAGGUUCAUUAUACUCAUCCAGCUGUUCCUUUGAGUCUUCCUUUAAAAGUAUUUGCUGUGGAUUACUCUACACAGGAAAUUAAGUGUAAUGGAAGGCGGUGCGAGCAUUGAGUCAAAGUCUGAGGGAAAUCCUGAUUCUGAAAUUGAUGAAGAUAUUGAGCAACUGAAGACCAAAUGGACUUUACAAGAGGAUGAAAGUCUUGCAUCACUCGUGGGGAAAUUUGGAAGAGAUGACUGGGAGUCGGUUGCGAGCUUUCUACCUGGGCGCUCUGCACAAGACUGUAAAUACCGCUUCACAGUUGUCAUAGACCCAGAGCUCAUUAAGGGAACCUGGACCAAAGAAGAAGAUCAUAAACUCAUUAAGUUGGUGUCAUUGUAUGGUGAUAAGAAUUGGAGCACAGUUGCAAAGCACUUAAAAGGUAGAAGAGGUAAACAGUGUCGAGAGCGAUGGCAUAAUCAUCUGGACCCCUCUGUGAUUAAGACACCGUGGACAAAAGAGGAAGACCUGAUAAUCAUUAAAUGCCAUUGUGUGCUGGGAACACGAUGGGCACAAAUGGCAAAAUUUCUCCAUGGAAGGACGGAUAAUUCCAUAAAAAACCAUUGGUACGCAACCCUAAAGCGUAAAAUGGACAAGGGCAUUUACAAGAUGGAAGAUAUUGAUUUGAGUGAUCUUGGACUCUACCAACCAAUAAAAGAAACAUCGACCUCCAAAAGUCAUGAUAAGUCAAUGAGAAGUGCAGAGCAGUUGGCCAAGGUAAAACGAGCGAGAAGGAAGACCUCCGUAAAAGACCUGAGUGCCAACAGUCCACCCUUCUACACUUGUUCAGAUUCACCCUCCAGCUCCAGAAGAAGUCCUCCCAUUGUGCAGUCGCAACAUAAAAUAUUUGUUGAUGGGAUAUUGCAAAUGAUUGCUGAGGACAUGCUACCCCUCAACAUUACUGAAGGUUCUGGCUUUCGAAAGUUCUUGAAUUUAAUAGGUCAUCAGUACCCACAGGUGUCACAGCGCAUGGUGAGUUUACAACUAUAUAAUGCUGUGGAGAAGACCAUCAAGCCACAGCUGAUCCAGCAGCUCAGGAAUUGUGUAUCUAUGAGUGGAGGCCACAAUGUUGUUCACAUCACUGCAGAUAUUUGGGCCAGUGAAUUUACUGAACCACUUCUUGCAGUUCAGAUGCAUUUUCUUGAUGAUGACUGGAACAUUUACAGGCCUACUGUGGCCUUUCGCCAUUUGCAGUGUAAACAAUUUGCAUCAAAAAUCGGAGGAGAACUCGAGUCGGUAAUUCUAAGCUAUGGGCUCUUCCCCCAUAACAUUGGUUAUAGUAUCGUCCACGAGGCCAAGAACAGCAUUGCAUCACAUGAUCUUUUCUGUGACUACAAGACUAUGUAUUCUGCGCAGAAGAGCGAUCCGGACGAAGAUGAAUUAUUAGAUUUUCUUGACGAUCAGGUCGCCAUAGAUGAUUUCUCUAUAGCUGAAAUUUCAUCCAGCAAACAUCUGGACUGUGUCACCACCCUACUGCAUUGUGUGAUGAAGGAGGCCCUGAAGAAGUCCAGGGUUGUUGAACGUAUAUUCUUUGAGGUGCAAAGUAUGGUGUCAUUUUUUCGCCGCAGCGCCUACUGGAAGGAGGUUCUUGCAAAGAAAUGCAAAUUCUCACUUACUAGUCCUUACAGUGCAAGCAGCUAUACCUGGAACUCUACAAUUAUCAUCUUCCAUGAAAUGAUGCAAGAGUCUGUAUGGGGCUCAGUGAUGACCGUGCUGAAUCAAGCCCGCACCGAAGCAAAAGGUGGCUCCAUUUGUCCACCGGUGGUCCAAGUUACACGUGAGCAAGUAGUGGACUUUGUAGGCUUACUGGAGCCCUUUGAAGAGGCAGUCCAGGUACUUCAGGAAGAUGGUAUCACCUUGUCCCUCAUCAUUCCUUCGAUCCUUGGACUUGAUAAAACUCUUUGGACCAAGACCAAGACGACGAAAUUCAGCUUUUUCUGCACAGCCCUUCGUUUUGGUCUCCGUGCUUAUUUCCAACCUCUGGUUUUGCAAAGAGAUUUCUUACUAGCCACAGUUCUGGACCCACGAAUCAAGCUUCAACCAUUUGACAAUGGAAAAGAAAACUUCAAGAGCACCACACUGUUUACACCUUCCAAACUGCGUGCACAUUCAGUUGUGGAGUCUGCAUUAAGUGAAGCUGAAAGAUGUACUUCAGUAGAGAUGUCUUGUGCAAACCCAGAUGAUAACAUGCAGUCCACUGACAUGGCAAUGAAAGUGUCUGAGCUGGAUCUCUAUUUAUCAGAGCCCCUGUGUGAUGGCGAUGUUUCCAUUCACACCUUUUGGAAAGAAGCUACCCGCUUCCCCCGGCUGCAAAGCAUUUGCCGCAAACUGUUGGCAGUCCCUGCGUCUUCGGGUGGAUUUAAACGGCUUUUUCCUUUAGCAUCCUGUAUUGUACGGGCCCGAAGAAGCAGACUGCCUCAACACACCACAGAACGACUUCUGCUGUACAGAGAGUAUCUAAAGAAACAUGACAUAAACACAAUGGAUUAAUAAUGGAGCCCUAGUCUUUAAAGAACUAUUGGAAAAAUGCACAGUUUUAAUGCAUUUUUUUUUUAAUUUUAUUUAAUGGUGAUAAACUUUUUUUUUUUUUUUUUUUUUACUUUCAUAAGCCUGUCAAUUUCAAUAAAGUAGAACUUAAAAUCAUGCGCUUGUGCAUUGGUUAACUUUCUUUUUAAGACUUCUUUUUAAGACAUUAAUCCAGUAUGUUGAUAUAUUGAACUGCAUGAGUUGAAUGCGCUGACACCGGCAAAAUGAACUACUUUAAAAUGGAGUAAAUACCUCGUUUAAACACAUCCUAUUUAUUUUAUUCUGCAUGAAAGAGAAUCUGCUAAUAUGAUCUGCCUCAUCAGAUGUACUGUGCUAGAACUUGCCAUUUGUAUCUGGAAGUAAUUGCUCAAAGAGUUCUCACUACACCAAAAAAAUAAAUAAAUAAAUAAAAAUUUAAUUGCAGAAAUUAAAAAAGAUUUGCAGGGCUGGCGGUGCAGGCAUACAGUUGCCUCUGCUGCAAACGUAAUUAAACCGACAAUUUUUGUAAGCAGUAUGUGGGUAAUUUUUUUUUUUUUUAGGGAGAAGGUGCCAUUUGUGUGAUGUGUCCCCAUGACUUACUACUGAUGAUAUUAUCAAUAACAGUGGUGAAACAAGUCACCCCUAGGCCAUCCAGGGACAUCCAACACAAGUAAUACAGUAGUAUGCUAUUAGUAGUAGACAAAAAUGUUUCCGUCUCUAGACAAGGCUAUAUAUUAUCUUGGGCAAGUCACAUAAAGCUGGGGUUACACUAGCAGACUCAACUCGAUUUUGGCCAAGGGUGUCACAUGCAGACUGUUUUGCUGAGAUCUCACUCUCUUCAGUGGGAGGUAUGACAUACUUGCCAGUUAAGAAUGGUGGAGGGGUGACAAACAUACCAACUCACCGCAACACUUUCUCUCUGAUUGCCUGUCAUGUGGAGCUCGCCGAAAUUACAACGGGAGUACCGCCUGAGUACAAACAAUUGUAAAAGAGUGAU